AUGCAUACACUCAACAGCUUUGAACUUUUUACCGAUUUUCUACUUACUCAAGGCGAUGAGAUUCUCUCGCUGCCUAUUAGUGGAGAAAUUUGGAAAAUAAGGGGUGUUUUCCACGAAUUUUGCAAAGACGAUACCUAUCACAUCCCCACCACAUACACCGAUUUUAUCGAAUACCUUCAACUAUUUCAAGAUCUCAGCGGGAGGUCGUUACAUUUUUCAGCAGAAUUUUCACUUUUAUCGAUACAUUCGAUCAACAGACCAAUAUUAACUUGGAUUAACUGCAUUUCGUUGAGGAUUUUACACCAUCGUUUGCUAGGCAAACCAUUACCGGUUGAGGACAAUGACAAACGAAAGGAGGCCUCAUCGUUGUUUGACCUUAUUACUGAAAAGCAAUCUGAAGGACCUCUUGAACUAGCUAAGGUGGCUAGACUAUUACCAAGGGUAUUAACUAAUUUCAUUCACAAAAGUUCGGCAAAGAUAAUCUUGGGAAAGGAAAGAGCCAAAUUAACAACACUCAAUAUACCAUUUCCCCAAGUGUGCAAUGACAGUAAGCACGCCUUGAUGUUGGCCAGCUCUGGACUAAAUAAAAGAGAAUAUGCCCUGACCUCAAAACAAUUGGCACCAGAACACGUUGUCCAUCAACGAUUGCAUCAAUCUAGAAAUAUGCUACCUGUUGGCAUCUACCAAUGUUCAUUAAACAAGAUUCAUUUUCUUCCUAUUUAUUACAACCACACCGAUGUGAAUUUAGGAGAUUGCUCUUAUUUGGAUACAUGUCACAAGAUGAAAACCUGUCGCUAUCUCCACUAUUACACUUUGAAUCCUACAAAACCAAACUUGGUGUUGAAACAAGAAGAAAAGCGGUUAGAUUACACUCUUGGGCAAUGCUUCACUGAUUCGUUUCGAGCCAUCACACCUCCACAGUGGAUCAACUGUGAUGUUCGGUAUUUGCCUUUUAGUAUCUUGGGGAAAUUUGCUGCAAUUAUUUCUGACCCUGCGUGGGACAUUCACAUGUCUUUGCCGUACGGUACAUGCAAGGACGAUGAAUUGUUGCAAUUACCUAUGCAUGAACUCCAAGAUGAAGGUAUCAUCAUGCUUUGGGUGACUGGACGCUCGAUAGAGAUUGGACGUAAGGCACUACUCAAAUGGGGCUAUCAAAUCAGCGAUGAAAUGAUCUGGAUAAAGUUAAACCAGUUGAGAAGAACUAUAGUCACAGGGAGAACCGGCCAUUGGUUAAACCACUCAAAAGAGCAUCUAUUGGUUGGGCUUAAGGGCGACCCUUCUUGGCUCAACUUGCGAAUCGACACUGAUGUUGUGGUGAGUAACACAAGAGAAACUUCGAGAAAACCUGAUGAAUUCUACGACAUCAUAGAACGAUUAGUCGGUACCCAUGCGAGAAAGUUGGAGAUCUUUGGCCGAACUCACAAUACGAGACCAGGGUGGUUGACUAUUGGCAAUCAACUACAAGGGGUAUCACUACACGAGCCGGAAGUUAAAUACAACUAUGACAUGUAUAGAAGUCAGAACCCAAAUUGA